CCCUAACCCUAACCGUUCCAGGAUUUCUAGAUCCACACACUUUUUCAUCAUCAACUAUGAAGGAGCUCGGCGCCGGAAGCACCCCACCGGAGCUCCCGGCGGCGGGACAACAACUCGUCAAGCUCAUCGGCAACCUCUGCUUCUCCAUCUUCGUCAUCUCCGUCCUCGUCUUCUCUGUCAUUGCCGUCACCUACCAACCCCCUGACCCAUGGUUCCAAACCUCCAAAGCCAUCACCAAAUCCCUCUCCGCCACUCUCCCCAACUCCACCUUCGCCACCGACGACUCCCUUCUUCCCACCGGCGAAGAUCUCGUCGCCUCUCCCCCUUCAGCAGCAACCGCCACCGGCGCCGCUCUUCUUGACAACUCUUCCUUCCCCUCCUCUUCGACCUGCGAUCCAAAUGCCCCAAUCAACUGCUCCAACCCCGCCGUCCUCGCAGCGAUUCAGCGCUUCAACUCUAAGGUCUUCCGUAAAUCUAUCAUCUUCAUUUCGUACGACAUCCCCGUCAAUGGAUCCAAUCCCGACGAAUGCGACGCCGCCUGGCGCUUCCGCAACCGCUUCGAGAAAUCAUGGCGAAGAUACCGCGACUACCGCCGCUUUCACCUUUCUCCCACUGAGAAUUGCACCUUCGAGGUCAUUCGCGCCGGAAAUUUCCGCUCCGGCAUCAACGCCGCCCGCCGUCCCCGUCGCGCCGCAUCUCCACCGACCAUCCAGAUCCCUGAUCUGGACAUCAACGACACGAUCCCCACCGUCGGAUCUGAAUCAGAGUUCCGCAAGGGGAGGUACCUGUACUACACCCGUGGCGGUGACCACUGCAAGAGUAUGAAUCAUUAUCUAUGGAGCUUCCUCUGCGGCCUCGGCGAAGCCGAUUUCCUUAACCGUACCUUCGUCAUGGACCUCAACGUAUGCCUCGCCGGAAGCUAUACUUCUACAGGAGAGAACGAGGAUGGUAAGGAUUUCAGGUUUUACUUCGAUUUCGAGCAUCUGAAGGAGACAGCUUCAGUUGUGGAGGAGGUGGAUUUCCUCAGGGACUGGAGGAAAUGGGAUCGAUCCGGUGGCAAAAACCAGAAGAGCAGCUCUAGCCGGAUUAGUUUCAGAAAAGUGCCUACCUACAAGGUGACCCCAAUGCAGCUCAAAAAGGAGAAGAGCACCAUAGUUUGGAGACAAUUUGAAGGCCCUGAGCCGGAGAAUUACUGGUACAGGGUCUGCGAGGGCCGGGCGGCGAAGUACAUCCAGCGUCCAUGGCAUGCCAUUUGGAAGUCGAAGCGACUGAUGAACAUCGUCUCUGAGAUCGCCGGAAAGAUGGAUUGGGAUUAUGAUGCUCUUCAUGUAGUACGAGGAGAGAAAACCAUGAACAAGGAGCUGUGGCCUAAUCUGGAUAGCGACACUUCGCCGGAAUCUUUGGUGGAGAAGGUCACCAAGUUGGUGACCCCUUGGAGAAAUCUCUAUAUUGCUACAAAUGAGCCUUUUUACAAUUACUUUGAUAAGCUGAGAUCUCACUACAAGGUUCAUUUACUGGAAGACUAUAAGGAGCUGUGGGGGAACAACAGUGAGUGGUACAACGAGACGAUGAUUCUCAAUGGCGGGCGGCCUGUGCAGUUCGACGGUUAUAUGAGGGUGGCGGUGGAUACAGAGGUUCUCUACAGGGCGAAGGUGCGAGUGGAGACCUUCAAUAACCUAACAAGGGAUUGCAAGGAUGGAAUCAAUACAUGUUGAGUCAUGAUUGUGAAUAGAAUUUGAAGUUGAGUUGGAAUUGUGGAAGAAUUCUUCCAGAAAUCUAUGUUCUGAUUGAUUUACUCUGGCUUGCUGGUAAAGUUCAAUCUUGAUAUUAUUUUGCUUGAUUAUUUUUGUUUCAUCAGAUGUUUUGUUGAAGUGUUACCCUCACUCUUCAUGGCUUUCUGUAUUUCCAUGCAGAAGGAUUGUAAUUUAUUCUUGUUUUAGCUUUUUAUGAGUGAUUAUAUCCAUUUUUAGC